AUGUCUACAACCGAGGGCGCUGAAUCACACGAGAUCUACCUUACUCAAUUGGAGGCUUCACGGAUUCCGCCGCCUCAGCCCACGACUCCACCGACGGCGCCCCCGCCGCUUUUACGCCUGCCAUCGUCGCCGUCGCCGCUGCCGGUCCAGUCACCUGCACCGGACGGGCGCUUCUCGCCGUCGCCACGUCAACAUCCCCGGCCGUCUCCGUCGCCGCCGCCACCACCGCCGCCGCGUACCUCUGUGGUGCCGGAACCGAUGGACGCUGAGGCUGCUGAAACGCCGCCGCCACGGUCGCCCAUUGAGGUCGUUGCUCUGCCUCCUCAUCCGAGCAUACAUAGUGGCGGUGCGCGGCCUUUUUCCAGGGCGGUUUCCCCGCCCCUCGCGAGCAAUUCGGGGCCACGGGUGGACAGCACGCCCCGGCAGUUCCACUGUCUGCUGCGCCCCCCUGGGUCCCUCCAACCGUCGUCGGAAGCCCUACUCAACGACGCAGCGUCGUUUCAGGGGGGAGGGAUGUGGUAUCUAUAG